AUGAUGUAUGGAUUUGGUAAUAACAAAGAUGGUAUUAAGAAUUUUGUAUCACUUGCAUCGCGUGGAGAAGCACCAUGGUCAUUAAUUGAUGGACGAUAUCCAUUGGAAAAUUUUACAAAACUUCAUAAUUUACAUAAUCUUAUGCAGAAUACUUUUGGAUCUGCCAAUAUAGGGCAUGGACUAUGGGAAGAUCUCGGUUCAAUUUCAUAUUCGAUGGAUCGAAUGAGUAUUACUGAUCAGAAUUUAGUUAUCAUGGAUUCAACUAAGAUUCCAAACACGCCCAUAUUCAAGGCAUAUCAGCAAUAUGUUAUACCUGCGUUAACAAAAAAUCCUAUGGUAGAAUUUGAAAUUUAUGUUAAAUCUUUUCAUACAAAACAUGUAUGUUUCGAUCGUUUAAUGGUCGGAGGUCAACUGGCUGUUUUUCCAAAACCUACAAUAAAAGAAAAUCAUGGACGUGAAGCACUUUACUAUAAUUGGAGAUCAAAAAUAAUCAAAUAUAAUGGAUUUGAUCCUAAUUUUGUUCCACAAAAACAUCAUAUUAUCGUAACUAAUAAAUCAUUUUCAAUGUGGGCACGUCCUGGUUCUAAAAGACAUCGCGCAAUUGUAAACUUAGAAGAAAUUGAAAAGUUUAUAAAACUAACUUAUCCAACUAUAUCUGUUGAGGUAAUUGAAUGGCAAACUAUACCAUUUAAUAAACAAAUUGAAAAAUUAUUAAAUACAACUAUAUUGAUAACACCAUGUGGUGGUGUGUCAAUGAUAAUACCGCUGCUACCAAAUGGUGCACAUGCAAUAGUAAUGGAUUAUUAUGUUAAUGUAGCAAUACAUGGAUUUUCGAUUGGUGAAAGUGCUUCAAUGGAGGGUGCUUUCUUAAAUCACGUUGCUCAUGUAAGAAAACAAUAUUAUCAAAUAUAUGGAAAACAAGAUUACGAAUUUGAUUAUCCGGGAGCUACUAACGCUCGAGAAGAUGCAUCUAUUAUUGUAAACACGACGCGUUUACAGUUACUAAUUGAUAAGGCUUUGGAAGAAAUGGAACCUUAA